AUGUAUAGAAUUAAAAUCAAUUCUGUUCCAUUAGUUUUAUCAACCAUGACUGAAGCAUUCUCGACUAAGGCUUGGACGAAGAUCAAUUUUCAUCACCAUGUUCCGCCUUCAACUUCCUUUAAUUUUGUUGAGCAGUUGGUCAAAUCAAAGAUAAGAAAGCAAAUAUGUAAAGUGAAGGAAUGUAAAUAUUGCCACAUUAAUUAA